AUUGCCCAACCGUUUCGCUCUCUCAAUGGGGUGGCUCUCCCCACCACUCGCCAUCUGGGGGAAGCGGUGCCGUUUAUGUCGCUGCGGCUGCCACUCAGCGCAGUCGUAAGAGCAGAGUCGAAGCAGCUGCCACGCCAUACAACUACUUGUAUUUUGCUAGCGCAAAUUUUUAUUUACCUAAAUUUAGUUACACAUUAGCUACAGAGUUCUAAGCUGUGCAGUUGCCAGACUAUAAGUAGUACAAGUAUUACAAGUAAAUAAAUCGUCGUUAUCGAGCAAUCACGUAUCUCUCCAGUUAACUGAGCAGGCAACGAAUCUAAUUAAAAUUUCACCAAAAAAAAGGAGGAAACAAAAAAUAUCGAUUUCUGCCCAUGUAAAAAAACCAAACCAAACCAAACCGAACCGAACCACAGCAGACGACGUGUGUGCCUGGCGGGCUGUGCAAUAUAGUAUUCUAGCAAAUAUUUUUUUCCGCACUCGAGCAAAGGGGCGGCGUGAGUUGAGCAAAUGGCGCCACAGCGAAAUACUGUGACCACAAAAACGCCCAAGGAUAAUGCGGCGACCCUCGAUGAACGGCUCUCGAAGCGGGUGAACAGCGUAAUUCCCAAGAAGCGGCAGGAGGCGCUGAAAUGGUAUGGCUGGGGCUAUAACGACUCCCAGUUCUACGGACGAGAAGGUACAAUAUGUUUUCGCGGCGACAGGUAUCCCCUUGGUGGUUGUGAACUACCCAACUUUACGAAAUGGGUGCAUCAAAAGUUUCAACUGACCAUUGAUCCGGAUAAGGAGUAUCCAAAGCUGCCUCAGUCCUAUCCCAAGCCCAUACAGAAUGCCGCCUUCCUGCAGGAGCUACGUGCGAGCACGCAAGUGGAACACUCCGGCGAAGGUGUCGACCGAUUGGUGCGCUGUCACGGACAGACUCUGCACGAUAUCUAUAGUCUCUGGCACAAUCGUUUUCGACGCAUACCCGAUCUGGUGCUAUGGCCCCGAUCUCACGAUCAGGUGGUCCAAUUGGUACAAUUAGCGCACAAGCACAACGUUAUGUUGUUGCCCUAUGGUGGAGGGACAAGUGUCUCUGGUGCCAUCACCUGCCCGCAGGAGGAGCCACGCAUGAUCUGCGCCCUAGACACUUCGCAAAUGAAUCGUUUGCUGUGGCUGAAUAGGGAGAAUCUUACGGUGUGCUUUGAGGCUGGCAUUGUGGGUCAAGACCUGGAGCGUGUGCUUCGCGAACAAGGCCUGACGGUGGGCCACGAGCCGGACAGCUAUGAGUUCAGUACGCUGGGCGGCUGGGUGGCGACACGUGCCUCCGGCAUGAAGAAGAACGUGUACGGAAACAUUGAGGAUCUGGUGGUGCGGGUGCGCAUGGUGACGCCGACGGGAACACUGGAGCGAGAGUGCAGUGCGCCGCGCGUUAGCGUCGGACCGGACUUCAAUCAUGUGAUUCUCGGCUCGGAGGGAACGCUGGGCGUGAUCACAGAAGUGGUGCUAAAGGUGCGUCCGUUGCCGCCGGUGAAGCGUUACGGCUCGCUCGUCUUUCCGGACUUUGAACAGGGUGUGUUGUUUAUGCGCGAGGUGGCCAGACGUCGCUGCCAGCCUGCCUCCGUGCGGCUCAUGGACAAUGAGCAGUUCAUGUUCGGUCAGGCCCUGAAGCCCGAGAAAAGCUGGCUGGCCAGUUGUAUGGAUGCAGUGAAGCAACGCUAUGUGACAGUGUGGAAGGGCAUUGAUUUGAAACAAAUUUGUGCGGCCACUCUGCUCUUUGAGGGUGAGCUCAAGGAUGUGCAGCGACAGGAAGCGCUAAUCUAUGAGAUAGCGGGAAGGUUCAAGGGCUUCCCCGCAGGCGGACAGAAUGGAGAGCGCGGCUACAUACUGACCUUUGUCAUUGCCUACAUUAGGGAUUUUGGCCUGCAUCAGGGCAUUGUUGCCGAAUCCUUCGAGACGUCCGUACCUUGGGAUCGCUGCAGUCUGCUCUGCCGUAAUGUGAAGCAGCGUGUGGUCGCGGAAUGCUAUAAGCGGCGAAUUUCACUAUAUACGAUUUCCUGCCGUGUUACACAAACCUAUGACGCCGGCGCCUGCAUCUACUUCUAUUUUGGCUUUCGCUACUCGGAUAUACCGAAUCCUGUGGAGGUCUUUGAGGCCAUCGAGCAUAGCGCGCGCGACGAGAUUUUGGCCUGCGGCGGUUCCUUGUCGCACCAUCAUGGCGUUGGCAAGAUUCGCAGUCAAUGGUACCGCAAUGCGGUCACCGAUACGGGCAGUUCGCUUUAUAGAGCCGCCAAGCGACAUCUGGAUCCUCAGAAUAUAUUUGCGCUGGGGAACCUGCUGCCGUCAAAGGAGAAGGAAACGCCUCAGCAGAACCAGCACGAAUCACCACCGAAAGCCAAACUUUAAUGUGUUAAGAGAAUCAUACUAGUCUAAUCCCCUUUUCCACUAACAAAAACCAAAAACCUUUUAGCGCUUUUCUAGCUGCUUUGUUUACUAUAUUUCCAUCUUCGUUUGCAUUUUUUUGAUAGCUCACUUUUUGUAUGGGUGUUACUUUUUUGAUAAAUAAAAGGAAUACUAUUUGUAAAAAAA